AUGCCGUCCUCAAAGGGAAAGCCUACAGAUCCCAAGUUGCGCGAAAAAGUCAAGAAUGAGGUCCAGAAUGAAACGAACAAAGAUGGCAGUGGGAAGGGCCAAUGGUCCGCCUGGAAGUCGGCAAAGCUUUCUAAAGAAUACGAGAAGAGGGGCGGACACUACGAAAACGAGCCUGGAUCCAAGAAUGAGCCGCGGAAGGGUACGCCCGAGGAGAAGUCUGGCAAGAAGAGAAAGCGUGAAGUGAACAAAGUUGAGCACGGAGAGGCUGAAGAAGAGGUAGCGGAGGAGGAGGAGGAGGAGGAGGAGGAGGAGGGAAACGCGAAGCAGGCCAAGGCGGGCAAGAAGGAGACUCAGGCGAGGAAAAAAGAAGAAGAGAAGGGGUCCAAGGGAAAAAAGGGUGGGAAGCAGACUCCGAUCGAGGAGAAAGACACGCCAAAGGCGAAUGGGAAAAAGAAUCCAGGACGGCCUAGGAAGGAGAACAAGCCGAAGGAGAAGGUGCCGCGAGAAGGUACGCGUAAGAGCGCACGCAUCAAGGAGGCUGAGAGCCAGAAUGGAGGUCAGCGAAAGAAGCAGAAGACGGACUAUCUGCAGUUCUAG